AUGUUAGUGGCAGGCAAGCAGCUCUCGAAGUGGUACGCGCUGGUGGCGAAUGCAGAGUUUAUGCUGCACGACGUCCAGAACGAGGCUUUUGCAGAGCAGCUGCGCGAGAGGGUGCGCCUCUUCGGGGAGAAGGAGAGGAAACAGGACUUCUUCCUGGUCUGCGAGCCCACAUGGCUUGACAAACAGUUCCCGCAGGAGGCCAAGCGAGUAGGCAGGCCUUGCGUCGCCCUGGUCUCCACAGACAAGAUCUGGAUCACGUUCAUGAAGCUGCGGCUGGAUCGGGUCAUGAAGCUAGAUUUGGGGGAGCUGACGCCAGAACAGGCGCUAGACGCUGGCGCACCGUACCCAGAGUUCCCUCCUCUGGACCGCACCAAGUGGACCGCCCCCUACUCCCCCUACAAGCCCGGCUGGUGGAACGCCUUCGAGCCAGCUGUCUUCUUCAACAACUGCCAGUAA